AUGAGGUUCAAAUUCCCUCUUCUGGCCCUUGGCCUGGAGAUCACUAUGAUUGUUUUAUUUGCACUAUUUGUUCAAUAUGAGGAGAAUCAGAACAUUGUCCAACAUCCCAACAGCACCAAAUCAGCAAGCAUGGACAGAUCUCUUGACUUAUAUCCUCUAUUCCAGGAUGUGCAUGUUAUGAUAUUUGUUGGAUUUGGUUUCCUCAUGACCUUCCUGAAGAAAUAUGGUUUCAGCAGUGUGGGCAUCAACCUGCUGAUCGCCGCUCUGGGUCUCCAGUGGGGCACUAUUGCACAGGGCCUCCUACACAGCCACGGAGAGAAAAUUCUCAUUGGCAUCAAGAGCUUGAUAAACGCAGACUUCAGUACAGCCACAGUUCUGAUUUCCUUUGGAGCUGUCCUGGGAAAAACAAGUCCAGUCCAGAUGCUGAUCAUGACGAUUAUAGAAAUUACUAUCUUUGCUGGCAAUGAACAUCUGGUUGUGGAGAAGUUUCAGGCAUCUGAUGUUGGAGCAUCAAUGACCAUCCAUACCUUUGGGGCCUACUUUGGCUUAGCAGCAGCAGGCAUCUUAUAUCGACCUGGCCUAAGAGCAGGGCAUGAAAACGAGGAGUCUGUGUACCACUCGGACUUGUUUGCAAUGAUUGGGACUCUCUUCCUAUGGAUGUUUUGGCCCAGCUUUAAUUCGGCCAUUGCUGAACCUAUAGACAAUCAGUACCGGGCCAUUGUAAAUACCUACUUCUCUCUAGCUGCCUGUGUGGUCACAGCCUACGCAUUGUCCAGCCUUGUUGAGCACCGAGGAAAACUCGAUAUGGUCCACAUUCAGAAUGCAACCCUUGCUGGCGGAGUGGCUGUGGGAACGUGUGCAGACAUGGAGAUUAACCCCUAUGGGGCAAUGAUCAUUGGGAGCCUUGCAGGAAUAGUCUCUGUGCUUGGGUACAAGUUCCUGACUCCAUUUUUUGCUUCCAAACUGAGGAUCCAAGAUACCUGUGGGGUCCAUAACCUGCACGGCUUACCGGGUCUGAUAGGAGGGCUCGCUGGUAUUGUGACGGUAGCCAUGAAAUCAUCUGACAUGUCUAAAGUGGCCAGGCAGGCAAGUGCCCUGGGUUCUUCCAUCGGAACAGCUGUUGUUGGAGGGCUAAUCACAGGUUUAAUUCUAAAGAUACCCAUCUGGGGGCAGCCAUCUGACCAGGCCUGCUACGAUGAUUCUGUUUAUUGGGAGCCUCCAACAGCCCAGUGUAAAGGAUCCAUAAACAGCCCUUAUCUUGAUCUCUUUAAAGGUCCCCGUGUACAGAGAACAUGA